AUGUCAAAGCGCGCGGCAUGUUCUAGUGAUGAUGAGUGUUCGUCGAACUUGAAGCGCGCGCGAAGUGCUAAUGACGUCACUCAUGAGCCUGUGUCUGGUAGGGAAUUUGCGGACGGCGCCAUCGCCAUUGGCAGAUCAAGGCGCAUGAUGGAUGAGGCAUUUUCUUCAUACCUCGGCGAUCGAUACAUUGCAGACGACUGGAAGGAUGCUAGAAACGCGUUGUUCUCUGGCGACGGCGACGACAGCAUUGCCUUAGCAAACCUUUACGCCUUGAAGGCCAGACACAUGCCUCUGCCCUCGUCUUCAUCGAGGAUGAACGGCCACCUCUCAAGUACUCCCGUUCAACGAUCGCGUCAACGUCCUAAAUCGAGGAUAGGCUCCAGCACUCGUAUCAAACAAUCGUGUAAACCACUCAGAUCGAAUCCGUACAUCAUCACCGAAGCAGACGAGAAAGAAGAGGAUGAAGAGGGUGAAGAGGAUGAAGAGGAUGAAGAGGGUGAAGAGGAUGAAGAAGGCCCUUCAAUGCGGUUGCCGACAGCCACACACCUUUCUGGCCCAUCAGCCAAGGAUAGGUUGGCAGCAGCAUUCGAUAACAUUUACGAUAGGAUCCAAGAGAACCCGCCUUCUUCAUCAGAAGGGCGCCAUGCUCGCCAUCGCAAGGCCGCCUCGUUCCCCCGGGCGAUUGAAGGCAGAAUGUACCUUCUCCAUAUUCAGAGAAAUGGCGCAGAUUACAUCGCCGAACACCUUCGGAGUCAAGGAUUUCUCGUUACUGUGUCCGGUUGGGUAGCAGGCCAGUUGUAUGUUGUCGCAGACAGCCCCAGAACCAUCGCAGCAUCACUCCCGCCCUCACAUAGUUUCGCCGUUAAACAAUACGUUCGAAUCUCAGAAGAAGAACGUCAAGCGAUUGAACACUCACACUCCAAACUUCCUAACCCAGGGUGGGUGAGGAUCAAAUACGGCAAGUACAAGGGCGACAUAGGCUACGUUUUCGAUUCCGAUCAACCUAAUGGUCUCGUCUCCAUCUUAAUCGCUCUCCGGGACUUUCCCUAUCCCAUGCCUGGUGGAUCUGUGGCUCUACUCGACCGAUGCCUCCUCCCUAAUGACCAGGCCGUUCGCGAUAUUCUCCGUGAUGGGAAAGUUGUGGGAUGCUCUUAUAGAGGCGAACAAUACUACAUGGGACUCUUGGUGAAAAAAUUUCACCGUGAUCGCUUAGAAAUUGUUGCCUCUCCUCAUGCUGAUGACAUCAAACUGCACAUGCAGUCUGCGUGGGACACACCCUUCGUCAGGAAAACACUGUUCGCGUUUUCGAUGCAAUUCUUGCGCACAGGCGAUUUGGUCAGGAUUAUUGCAGGAGAAAUUCGCUCAAAGAUCGGUACAGUCGUUUCGACGGAUCACGCUUCUGGCUCCGUGCGCUUGGAAAUAACCUUCGAUAGACAUCGAAGAGAAAUUGACGUUCGACUGGAGGAUCUAGAGCGUAUUUUUCAUGUUGGCGACGAAAUUCGAGUCGUUGCAGGUCCAUACUUGGGUCUGGAGGGCCACAUCAUUCAAAUAAGCGAUGAUAUGUUCCACAUUUGUCAGGCAGUCUCCAAAGAAGAGGUGCUUGUUUCGAGAUACUACUUAGAUCGUCGCCCCUUGCAUCACGUCUUUCACCCGCAGCUAUCCAUGCAGCAGCGCUUCGAGCCUCCCCCUCAGUCCGAAUCUAUACAAGUAGGAGAUCACAUAGAAGUGCUUGCGGGCGAGCACUGGAAGAAAUGCGGCAUCGUGGAGUGGUUCCCCACCGGGAGCGCAAUGCUAUGGUUCCGGGAUACAGACCCUAUGUUAGCUGGGGACGAUGUGGGUACUAGUGUCGGACCGUCAAGAAUUCGAGUUCCUGUAGCAGUCGUUCAGCGGACCAAACUCCCCGAUACCCUCAAAUACACACAGGAAAGGGGCUACGAUGUGAGGCCUGGAGAUGUCAUCAACGUCCCUAUCAGAUUCGUGAUAAAGGUAUGCAACGCGAAGUUGGAUUCAUUCGAUAAUAUCAUUGGCCAAGAAGUUUUCAUUGUUGGGGGCGAUCGGAAGGGCUACCGAGCCACGCUAUACAGCAUCGCUUCCAACACUUGCACAGUCGCUGUGCAUGGGCAGGCGCGUAUGACUCUCACACGUGAUGAUGUCGUCACUAGCCGCGAAGCAUUACCCCCCCCACCUGUCCAGCUUCCAGCCAGUUCUUCCACCAGCGUAGUUAGUAGCCUGUCGUCGUGGGCUUCCUGGACCGCCGACCCAGAGAAUCCUGCGCAUCAUGAAUCGUCGAGCAUCACACCCAGCUCGUCGACACUUGACCCCUGGACUGUCGAUCCCCAGGACGCCCAAGAUGAUAUUGACACCAGAGCAGACAAACUCACAGACAGUGGCCCUCUACCCUGGUUAAUGGGCAAGGAGUAUUCCUCGAUGCUCCUUCUGCAUCACGCAGUGUUGAAAGUCGCAGGGCUGCACUUCAACACUACCACAUUCCCGCCAAGGAUCUGA